CCUUAUACAACUUGCACUAAUGUAAUCGAAUGAGAUGACUGCGUAUUAAAUAUAUACUUUUGCUAUAUAUUUUGAUUUAUUAUUAAACAAGCUUUUGGAAAUUUGAAUACUGUUAAAAACGUAUUAAAAGCCGAAAGCUGCCUUACAUUUUGAUUAAACAAGUAGGGCGACUUUUCUGGACCUUGAUGACCCUUGAUGGCCCUAGUUAUAAAAGACUCGUGGUUUAGUGGUUUUGAUAGAAUGAUUCCCUAAUAGUAAAAAUAAUAAAGUAGAGAUAAUUGAUAUAACCUAUAUGGUGGAUACAAUAUGGAUACAACAAAGAUAGUUGACACAACACUUUUGAUGUGUACUGGGAAUGAGUUGAUCAGAAGUGAGUUUGAUGACCACUACUUUCGUACUAUUCACUUCAAUGGACCAGUACGCGCCACUGUAUCUUUGGAACACGAACAAACAAUCGUUAAGAAAUACAAACUUCCUGUAAGGUUAAGAGGUCAGAUAUUUUUUGAAAAACCGUUAUGCAUUGGAUAUAGUUUUCCAGUAUAUGUAUUUCAGUAUCGGUUGGAAGUUGAAUGGACUAGUACUGAUGUCAUGUUAAUGAUUUUCAACUCAGCAAAUGAAACAUUUCAUUUUGUUGAUUGUCAUGUAUGUACAUUUGAUUGGUGGAGACAUAUUAACCCUUUAAAAGAACCAUUAAAAUGCUUGAUAUCUCCAGAUUUAGACAUGUUUCUAUUCAGAUGUCCUAUGGAAGCAUCGCCUAGAUAUUGUUAUGUUUGGUAUUCAAUAUCAGAACAGUCGAUGACUGAAGAGAGAACAUAUGAUUCGAUGAUCCCAGACAGAGAUGGGGUAAAUCUUGUUUUUCAUCCAAGUUAUCCUUGCUCAGUUAUUGCACUAAUACAUGGAAAUUCGAAUCGUUCAGUUGUAUGCUUAAAACAUUUGUAUUUCAAAAACAUGAAAAGGGGUUAUAAUGUGACAAAUAACAAAGUAAAGUGGUAUAAACAAUCCGAUAUAAAAUUUCCAGAUAUACAAUGCAAAUCUUAUAACGGAAACAACAGUUGCAAACUAAUUGCAAGUCGUAGUAAAGAUGUAUUAGCAUAUUGCUUCAUUACUGGAGACAAAAACACCAAUAGUAUUGUGAAUUUAAUAAUAUGUUCCUGUAAGGACAUGUCGCCUUUACUCAAGGAUGAAAAGUGUUUCAAUCAAAACGUAGAAACUAUUGUGCCUAUUUUCUCUCUGUGCGAUUCAGAAUUACAAAUCUGGAAUCCGAAUUUUUCAACAAAAUAUGCUUCCUUUCAAGUUCCUCGCCUAAACUUGAUGGUAAUAUGUCGAGCAGCGAUUCUGAGGACUUGCUCUCCAUCUAGUAUAGUAGACUUGCCCUUACCAACAACAUUACAAGACUAUUUAAAAUUUACCUAAUUCUGGAUAAACACAUGUUUUAAGAAUAUCUUACUCUUGCAUUAUCAUUAGGUAAUUGUUUCAAAGAACCGAUAUAUUUUGAAAAAACAUAUUUUAUGUAGAAUUUAACAACAAAUUAUAUCUUAAGAUGUACUAUAAAA